AUGGCAUUCUUCGGGAGUCUGCUUCUCCUCCUUGUCUCACUUUUGGCUUGGAAAACGCCUCUGGUCAGCGGAUAUCUCAACAUUUUCAUCAGCCACCACGAGGUGAUGAAACUGAUGGGACUGGAGGCGGACUUGUUUUACGUGCACGAGGGAGCCAUUAACACAUACGCGAUGCACUUUACGGUUCCCGUUCCUGCCGAUGUUCAUGAGCUGGAGUUCUCCUGGCAGAGUCUCAUCGCCUAUCCGUUGCGCUACACAAUCAGCAUCGAGUACGCCAACGACCAGGAUGCACUAGGUACGCCCACACUGAGUAUUCCACACAAAGGUCUUGUGCCGCAGGAGAUUGAGUCAUUUCUGGUCUAUCUGCCCUGUACGGGCAAUGCCACCCUCCAGCUGCCCGUUAAUGUUAACAUGGUCGUGCAGGGACCGCCUCGCUUCAAUGACACCCGACUCCACUUCAAACGCACCAAGAUCUGCACCAAGGGCAUUUCACCGGAGCCCAACCAGUCGCCAGCCCCCGCACACGCCCCCUCGCAGGGACCAGCCUUGAUGAGCGCGGCCGCCUGUGCUUUGGGCCUGGUACUGGCCGUGGGCCUUGUGGCCAGCAUGAUGUAUGUGCGAGCACGCAAACAGCUGCGUCAGGACUCGUUGCACACCAGCUUCACCACCGCCGGCUAUGGCAGCCAUCAAAAUGUGUUCAUUCGCCUUGAUCCUCUCGGACGACCGCCGAGUGCCACAGGCUCCUAUGCGACCAUUGCCAGCCUCAACAAAUAUACAUCGGAGUCGAAAAAAUCCUGCAGCCUUUUCGAUCGAUUCAGAGGCCCUCCAACGCCCACACCAUAUGCUACCGCCCUAUUGCCCAUGGGUGACCAGACGGCCGAGACUAUUUACUCCAAGCCAGAAUCAGUUUGUCCCUCGAGAAUAUCCUACUACGCCUCCUCACAGCUGACCCAGGCCUGCAGCAUGUCCACCCCGAAGAGCAGUCGUGGCAACGUCAGUGGCAGCCUCUUUGGUGGCAUUGCAACAGGCAGCACCAUCACGGUGGCCAGCCACGGUCACAGUGAGAAGACCAAGGAGCGAUUGCGUCGCAUACCCAGCGUACAGCCCGGGGCAUUGAACUAUGAGCAGCUAAUUAAGGAGGGCACCUUUGGUCGCAUCUAUGCUGGCAAAUUGGGCGAAACUUGUGAUGCGCUGGUCAAGACGGUCAUCGAUGGCGCCUCGUUGACUCAGGUGGCCUGUCUGCUGCAGGAUGCCUCGCUCCUCAUCGGUGUUAGCCAUCAACACGUACUGGCGCCAUUGCUGGCCAAUACCGAGCUGCCCGGUCCGCCAGAGAUUGCAUAUCCCUAUCCGUCCAAGGGCAAUCUCAAAAUUUACUUACAGAAGUCUCGGGAGUCCAGCACGGCUUUAAGCACUCGACAACUGGUGGAGUUUGGACUGCAUAUUACGAAGGCUCUGGCCUAUCUGCAUUCCCUGGGAAUUGUGCACAAGGAUAUUGCCACACGCAAUUGCUAUCUGGAUGAGGAGGCCUAUGUGAAGAUCUGCGAUAGUGCACUCUCGCGAGAUCUCUUUCCGGAUGAUUACGACUGUCUGGGUGACAAUGAGAAUCGUCCUUUGAAGUGGUUAUCGCUGGAGUCGUUGCAGAAGAAAGUCUAUGCGACACAGGGUGAUGUAUGGUCACUGGGCGUGCUCUACUGGGAGCUGGUCACACUGGCCCAAAUGCCACACGAGGAGGUGGAUAUAUUCGAGCUUACCAAUUACCUGGCUGCCGGCUAUCGUCUGGAGCAGCCCGUCAAUUGUCCGGAUGAAUUCUUUACGGUCAUGAAUUGUUGUUGGCACUCGGAGCCAAAGCAACGUCCCACUCCCUCCCAGCUGUUGUCCUAUCUGCAGGACUUUCACGUCGAUCUGGGCAUGUAUAUCUAAGGAACUGAUAGCACUCCAGGCAAAGGACUUAAGUGCGGAUUAACUUGAACUUGAAUAACUGAAUGCAUAACUAAACUAAAUUAAUUGAAAACAUUUGCAUUUUAAAUGU